GGUUAUAGAUGAUGAAAUUGAGGCCAAUUUUGAAGAGACUGAGAUCAGUGAAGAUGACAUUGAACCCAGCUUUAAAAAGCUUUUUGGACAGCUAGCGGGAAGUGAUGCAGAGAUCUCCGCCUUCGAACUGCGCAACAUCUUGAAUAAAGUCAUGGCUAAACGUAAGUACCUUCCUCCAACUGCGUCUUCAUUUGGCCACCAGCAGGUUUCCAGCAUGGCCGUGAGAGCACAGAGCGCAGCACUGACCUGGGCAGAAUCAAACCCCUCGGCUCUGCCCCAGACCUGCGGCUUGGCUCUCCGCAAAGAUAUUAAAUCUGAUGGCUUUAGUAUUGAGACGUGCAAAAUAAUGGUUGACCUGUUAGAUAAUGAUGGGAGUGGUAAACUGGGAUUGAAGGAGUUCCACACCCUCUGGACAAAGAUUCAGAAAUACCAGAAAAUUUACAGGGAAAUUGAUGUGGAUCGAUCUGGUACCAUGAAUUCAUAUGAGAUGAGGAGAGCGCUGGAAACAGCAGGGUUCAAACUGAACGGCCAGUUACAUCAAGUCAUUGUGGCUCGUUUUGCUGAUGAAGACCUCAUCAUUGACUUUGAUAACUUUGUCCGGUGUUUGAUUCGGCUGGAAACCUUGUUCAGUGAGUACGCGCUUAAUAACUAG